CCCUUCGGCCAAUCGGCGGCCGCAGCGGGCGCCUGUGGGGCCGCACUUUCUCCUCUGCGCCGGGUGGGGAGGACGCCGGAAGCGGCGUCUCCUCAGCUCCAGCCGGGCUCUUCGGGAGCCGCGGCGCUACCCGGGCGCUCUGGCUACGGGGCCGCUGAAGGCGGUCUGAUGGGCAUUUCCGUGCUGACAAUUUCAUCGCCGCCACCGUGCCCCUCAAGACCCGCCGCCUCCCGUUAAUGGGCCGCUCCGCGAGCGCGUGAGGGCCCCAGGGCGGGGGCAGGCGGCGGCGGCCCCUCAGUGUGGCCCGCGCCCUGCCCCGCCCCGAACUGUGGCGGCAGCGGCGUCUGCACCGCGGAGCCCGCGCGGCUCCCGAGAGCCCCGGCCAGGACGCGGGGCUGCGCGGCGGGCUGCCGACUCCAAAAUUGAGCGCAGGCUGGCGGCGCGGUUGGUGGCCUCCCCUGACGCUCCAGCUGCACCUGCUUCAGGCGCUGGUUCAAGGUCUGGGAUGGUUCAAUACACAGAGCAGAUAACUAGAAUGUCCCUCAUUCACAAAGGACACUGGCCUGCUUUCACAGCCUUCUUCUAGAUCCUUCUAUCCCUUGGGUGACUUCAGUGUCCCCACAGAUAAACUUUACAGCACUCUUGUCCCCAGCUGCUCACACUCAGUGAUGUCCGUAUGUCGGCCCCCUCAGCUGCCCUCUUUCAGUUUACCAAAGGGCUGGGUUUCCUUGAAAUUGUAAAGACCCUGGGAGGGUUUGGGAUAAGGGACAAAUAGAGGCCUCAUCUGACCACCCCUUCAAACUCCUGCCUGGGGUUGCCCACAGGGAGAACAGUGAGCAGAGCUGCAGUUCACAAGGUCACCAUGGCAACCUAUUGUCCAUCAUAAUGGACAUACCUCAGCAGGGCGGGGUAAAGGUCCAUAAGUAGUGGGGCCAUCACCCCACAGCCAACCACUUGCUACUUGGACCCACAGGGCAGGUAUCAGGUGGCUGCUUGCAGGUGCAAGAUAUAUUGAUUAAAGCGUGAGUAGAGCUGAGGUUGGGAGUGCCGAGGACCCUGAGCACGGGAGGAAGCAGAGGAGGUGUUGGCUUGAGGUGGCCUGAAGUUCAUGGGCCCCAGGAUGCUGGGUCCCAUGUACGCCAUCUUCCUGCUGCUGCUGCUGCCGUCUCCGCUCCUGACCACCAGGAGCACCCCCGACCCCUCCGUCACCCAGGACCAAGGUCACCACCCCAGCUCCAGGCUCCAGGAGAGCCCAGCAGAUGGGGAAUCCUGCUGGAGCACUUACGACCUGUACUUCGUCUUGGACUCAUCACGCAGUGUAAAUGACAACUGGGAGUUCACACAGAGCUUUGUGCGGGAUUUGGUGAACAGAUUUAAAAACCCCAAACAGCGUAUGUCGUUCAUUACCUACUCGACACACGGCCGCAUCCACAUGAAGCUGACCUCGAACAGAAAAAAAAUAAACAAUGCUCUUGUUGAAUUGCUCAAUGUACGACCUUCUGGAGCCAUAAAUAUGCAGCACGGAUUGAAAAAGGCCAAUGAGCAGAUCGAAAGAACACGAGCUGCAGGAGCGAAGGUACCGAGCCUCAUCAUCGUGCUGACAGGUGAACAACUGCUGGCAGAAUCGUUUGCAGAAACACAAGUUGAAGCUGCAAAAUCCAAGCAGUUGGGGGCAACUCUGUAUUUCGUGGGUGUGCAAAAUUAUCAGCUAUCCCAGCUGUUGGAAAUUGCUGGUGAAGAGGAUCAUCUGUUUCAAGUGGACAGUGGAUACCCUGGACUGGAAGACAUCAUUGACCCACUCAUACUGAGCUCAUGUGUGCAGAUUACGUCUGUGGAUUUCUCCGCUAUCUGCACCAGAGAUAGAGAUGAAGUCAAGGUUUUUGGAAAAGGUUUUAAAAACAUACAGAAGGAUGAAGUUGUCUGUCGAUUUCGACUUGGAAAGGAAACGGCAAGAAUAGAGGCUCUAUCUGUGCAAGAUACCUCCAUUACAUGCCCAGGACCGAAGUUAAAUAAUCAGCACCAGGCCGUCUUCAUCGAUAUCAGCCUGAAUAAUGGCCUCUCCUUUAUCAAGACCGAUUUUGAUGUCAGCAGGAGGAACUGUGUGACUUCCAGGGAGAGGACCCCUCCUGCCCUACUGGAUGCCGUAUCACCAGCUGCCCAACGACAUGCCCUUCCACAUGCUGUGCUGGGUGACAUACGGCAUGUUUACCUGGAUGAAAAGUCUUACAGUCCAGUCCUCAGUUUCAAACCUCUCUACUGGGCUAUGCCUCUCAUUUUGCUGCCCUUUCUCGUGCUGCUGUGCUGUUGUAUCGGGCGACGUUGCACUGCAUGUAUCCCGGCGUCACUGGGAAAGAAGUGCCUUACGGUGAUUAUGUCGUGUUGUAAUAAAGACGAAACGACAGCGCAGACAGGUGAUUCUGCUGUCCCCCUGCUGACGCCCGUCGUGGAUCAUCCUGCCGCACACAGCAUCAACCCAGCUGCCAUUGCUCCAUCCCCAGCAGCACGUGCUCAUGGUGCCAGGGUGCCCAACCUGCCCAGCUGAAUGAUGCCACUCAUACCUGCUGCAGCCUGGACGCUCCGGGAAGCCGCACUGCAACUCUAACCCCAUAACACGAUCGCUACAGCACCAAAACCCCAAUAUUGUUUUUUGUUUGUGUGUUACUGUUUUAUAUUUUGGUAUGAUUCAUAUACACUUAAA